AUGAGUGUAUCGGAAUCUGAUAGAAAUUACUUAUUGAAUAUAUUUCGACGUAUUCCACCAUCUCAUGUUGCUUUAUUACUACGUCUAAUUAGACUCUAUCCAAUCAAUAUUAUCAAUGACCCUAUGAAAAGAGAAGAAUUCAUUUUGGAUAUACUCAACGAAGUUAGCAAUUGUGACUACAAAAACGAUAUUUGGCCUGAUAUAAUGGCGAUUAAUCGUGUACCUGAAUUAGUGGAAGAAGUUCGACUCACUGACGAGCAAAAACGUUUAUUAGCGGCAAUCGAUCGGCUACAAUGUAGAUUCGAAUUACAACCACAUCGUUUUCGAAUUUAUCAGCUAAUCCCGACAAUAAAGCAUUGUUUUAUGUGCAAAGGUCAACUAGGAGAGCCAAUAUUUGACGAAGUUUGUAAUAUCAUUGGUCGUAAUAAUGUAUAUCAAUGUGUAUUAUACAAGAAUGAAUGUUGUGAUUUUGUUUAUAAGUACGGUCAUUUUCGCAAUCGGCGAACACGUGAGCGACUUAUCCUCCCUGAUGCAAUAUUUAAACAAGAAUUUAUUCAUUUAUUUGAUCAUGUAGUCUACGAACGUGUAUUACUUGUAGCAUUUACUAACCUUGUGUAUGAAGCAGCAUCAAAUUUUCAAUCAUAUACUGAUGCUACUAAUGCAGAUAUUGAUCAAAAUCGAAAUUUGAACAAUGAUGUUCCAAUACAAAAUAAACUGAACUCAAAAUAUUUUGCAGCGACAUGGACAUGGUUUGAAUUGUGUCGGUUUCUUUUAUUUAUGACAAACUUUCAGACUAUUCAAAUACCUGAUAUUAUUCAACGUUUAUCUCAUGAUAUGUAUUAUGAAGCCAACAGUAACUAUUUUUAUGAAGUAUUUGUCAAAUUUUGGUCCCGUCAUGGACAGGUUAAUAUUUGUAAGUGUGAAUCUCAAAAAACAUGUAUGCGUAAUUUUGUUUUUGAUACGCAUAUGAAGGCACAUCGAUUAGUAUGUGCAUAUACAGCAGCAUGUGAUGAAUCCGUGCCGGAAAUGGGAGCUGUAGCUGUUGGCUGCCCCCGUGCACCGCUUCGGGCAUCAUCGAGUCAUUUAAAGAAUAUGUCAAAUAUUGAUAGAAAUAAAUGUAAACACUACUGCUCAGAUCAUUAUAUAUAUGGUUUGCAAUCAGGCGUUUCACACAAUCCAUCAUCUAUAAAAGCAGUUGAACUUGAUCGUGUGUCUGAUGAAUUUGAAAGUACUGAUAAAUGCACUGUUCAUCGCGAUGAAGAUGAUACUGAAAACAAACGACGUACAGCUGGAUUUAUGGCACUUGUAUCCAAUUGUAAUGUUAUUAUUGGCUGGAACGAAAGCGUCCGGUCAGAAGGUAUGCGACGUAGUGUUUAUUACCUAUUAAGAUAUCUUCAUCUUGGUGGAAUAUUACCUCCUGCUGCUGCUUAUGAUUCUGCGUGUACCUUUAUUGCAUAUUUAAAAAACCAGUAUGGUAUAUCUAUCAAGCAAUCGCCUUAUGUAAACGAAUUGCUUGAAAAGAAGUAUUGCAUUGAUAGAUUCCAUCGAAGAAAUCAUACACGACCUGAUUGUAAAACAAUAUUAUCUUGUUCUCAUCCGACCAACAAACCAUUUUUUGAUAACGAGAACACUCAAGUCUGUGAACAGUUAUUUUCACACUUUACAAGAUUGAAAGCUUCAUUGAGAGGCAUAUCAUGGCCGUAUUCGACCAUCUUCUAUUGUAUAAUUUUUCAUUUACGUAAUUGUUUUCAUACAAAAAUUUUUCCAGAUAAUCCAUACUUAGCUGUCAAAUCAAAUAUACCAUCACCAUCGAAUGAAAUAACUCAAUGGACACAAAUAAUGGCUUCUAAUAAUUAUUUAACAUACGAACAAAACGAACAAGAAGUUAAUGAUAUUGAAGAUAACGAUUUGAAUAUAUGA